GUGAACAUCAGCACGACCACCGAGCAGCUCUGGGUUUCUGUCCGGGACCCUCAUCAUGCAUGGGGGCAAGAGAGGACUGGUGGCUCCGCAGAACACUUUUCUGGAAAACAUUGUCCGGCGCUCCAGCGAGACCAGCUUCCUGUUGGGAAAUGCACAGAUCGUUGAGUGGCCGGUCGUUUACAGCAACGAUGGAUUCUGCAAGCUGUCCGGAUACCACAGAGCUGAAGUCAUGCACAGGAGUAGCACGUGCAAUUUCAUGUAUGGUGACCUGACCGACAAGAAGACUAUAGACAAAAUCCAAAACACCUUUGAUAACUAUGAGUCCCAUUUCUAUGAGGUGCUGCUCUAUACAAAGAAUAGAACACCAAUAUGGCUUUACAUGCAGGUGGCCCCAAUCAGAAAUGAAAAUGACAAAGUGGUGCUGUUUCUCUGCACCUUCAGAGACAUCACACUUUUCAAACAACCGAUUGAAGAUGAAGCAACUAAAGUAGGGUGGACCAAGUUUGCAAGACUGACACGAGCACUGACCAACAAUCGUAACCUGGUGCAGCAGUUAGCACCACUGAGCAAGACUGAGGUCAGCCACAAGCCCUCCAGACUGGCUGAGGCUCUUCAGCUGGGAUCAGACAUUCUCCCUCAGUACAAACAGGAGGCGCCUAAGACCCCUCCACACAUCAUCCUCCACUACUGCACCUUCAAGACCACCUGGGACUGGGUCAUCCUCAUCCUCACCUUCUACACCGCCAUCAUGGUUCCCUAUAACGUCUCCUUUAAGACAAAGCAGAACAACGUGGUUUGGCUGGUGCUGGACAGCGUCGUGGACGUCAUCUUCCUGGUCGACAUUGUGCUCAACUUCCACACCACCUUCGUGGGUCCUGCCGGAGAGGUCAUUUCAGACGCGAAGCUGAUACGAAUGAAUUACAUGAAGACGUGGUUUGUCAUCGACUUGCUGUCCUGUCUGCCCUACGAUAUCAUCAAUGCAUUUGAAAAUGUGGACGAUGAUGUCAUCACAUCCGCGUCUUCAACAGGUCAUCUUCGUGACUCACACUUCCACAGGAAUACCACACGGACAGAAGACUCUCUACUCCCAGGUCUCAGCAGUCUGUUCAGCUCACUAAAGGUGAUCCGCCUGCUGCGGUUGGGCCGAGUUGCCCGGAAGUUGGACCACUACCUGGAGUACGGAGCGGCCGUUCUGGUUCUGCUGGUGUGUGUCUUUGGUCUGGUGGCUCACUGGCUGGCCUGCAUCUGGUACAGCAUCGGAGACUACGAGGUCAUCGAUGAGGCCACCAACACCAUUAAGACAGACAGCUGGCUCUACCAGCUGGCUCUGAGUAUUGGGACUCCUUACCGCUACAACGUCAGUGGUACAGGACAGUGGGAAGGCGGUCCGAACAAGGACACGCUGUACAUCUCUUCUCUGUACUUCACCAUGACAAGUCUCACCACCAUCGGAUUUGGCAACAUCGCACCAGCCACAGAUGGGGAGAAGAUUUUCUCCGUGGCUAUGAUGAUGGUGGGCUCGCUGCUUUAUGCGACCAUCUUUGGAAAUGUCACCACCAUCUUCCAGCAGAUGUACACCAACACAAACCGCUACCAUGAGAUGCUCAACAACGUGCGCGACUUCUUGAAGCUUUAUCAGGUUCCUAAAGGUCUGAGCGAGAGGGUCAUGGACUUCAUCGUGUCUACAUGGGCCAUGUCUAAGGGCAUUGACACAGAUAAGGUUCUUUCAAUUUGUCCUAAAGAUAUGCGAGCAGACAUCUGCGUCCACCUCAACAGGCAGGUGUUCAACGACCACCCAGCGUUUCGUCUGGCCAGCGACGGCUGUCUGCGCUCUCUCGCUGUGGAGUUUCAGACCACACACUGUGCACCUGGAGACCUCAUCUUCCAUAUCGGGGAGAGCGUCGACACCCUCUGCUUUGUGGUCUCCGGUUCACUAGAAGUCAUCCAGGAUGAUGAGGUCAUCGCAAUACUAGGUAAAGGUGAUGUGUUUGGAGACGUGUUCUGGAAAGAGACCACACUGGCCCGGGCUUGUGCAAAUGUCCGAGCUUUGACUUACUGCGAUCUGCACGUCAUCAGGAGGGAAGCUUUGAUGAGGGUGUUGGACUUUUACACGGCAUUCGCCAACACGUUCUCCCGCAACCUGAUCCUCACCUGCAAUCUGCGAAAACGGGUAAUCUUCAGAAAGAUCGCUGACGUGAAGAGAGAGCAGGAGCGCCAGAAGAACGAGGUGACUCUCACCAUUCCUGAAGACCACCCAGUCCGCAAGCUGUUUCAGAGGUUCAGACAGCAGAGAGACUCUCAGACUCACACUUACUUUGAUCACAACUGCGUGCAGGUGGAGCCGCAGCACCACCAUCACUCCGACUCAAACUCUUACACGCAGUGUCAGCCUGCAUCUUCUCAGGAGCAGGAGUACAGCUCCACGGUGCAGAAUAAUGCACCCUGCACAGGAGGAGGGAGUGCAAGUGGCACUUCUGCACCUCUACAAGCGUUUGUCCAUGCUGAGGAGUCAGAGCAAAGCUGCACACAAGAAGCUGGAGAGUCGAUAGCAAGGCCUGACAGUCAGCCUUCUCAGAGGGGCAGCAGCCCCGUACAGAGCAGUGGUGCAGGAGAGGAGGGAGCAGCAGGUGGAGUAACCAGCAGCAGAGGUGCUCGAGGCUGGGCAAAGUUUAGAGGCGCAGCAUCAGCUGCACCACCGCCUCCUGCCGUCAAGCAAGAGAAGCAGCCUCAGAAAGCAAGGGAGUUGCCCAAAGGAUCCCAGUCCUCAGGACAGUUAGCAGUUCCCAGUAAGAACCAGGAUUCAGAGGGGAUGGGGGGCACGGAGGGUGGGAACAGUGCUGGAGAGGCAGGCGAAGAAGAAAACAGUGCCCUGCACAAAACUGACUCCUGUGACAGUGGUAUCACAAAGAGCGAUCUGCGCAUCGACAGAGCCGGAGAUUCAAGAAACUCCUUUGAACGAAGCCCGAUGGAAAGGAGCCCGUUGGAGAAGAACCCAUUUGAGCAAAGCCUCGGGGUCGACUCCCUCAAACACUCAUUCGCUCAGCCGCCGUCUGAACAAGUGCUCCUUCAAGCGACCCUGCAUGAGGCCAAGCUGGAGCUGAAGGCGGACAUUCAGAUCGUGGGCAGACGCCUCUCAGUGCUCGAGUCUCAGGUGGGCGAGAUCCUCAGGCUGCUGUCGACAAGAAGAAGACUCUCGCUGCCACCGACUUCUUCCCCGAAGGUCAGAGUGAAAAGUCAAGACUUAGCCAGUGCCACCAAGCCCGUCACACCGGAAGUAGACGACGGGCCUUUUUGAAUUUACUGAUUUUAAAACCUUGAAUCUUUUCAAAGAAGGAUUUAUAAAAACACCAGUCUGCAUGUUCUGCUGAACUCUGGUCUGCCAAAGACAUUUCUUGCAUUAAACACUUGACUGCAUGCAGAAAUCCCUUUCAUUUUACCAUAGCACUACAAAAACCCAGGGAUUAUUCUAAAGGUCUUUGAUCUAUGAGGCACUUUUAUGGUCCUGCGUAUACUCCAUUUGAGAAUGCCAUAGAUGUCAUAGUUAAAGAAAUUAGUUCAUUUUUAGAAGCAUUAGCAGAGCUACAUAUCGUAUGCAUGAUACUCUGAUGAAGGCUUGUCUUAGCCUGAUAGGACAAUCAGUAAAAAUACUGAGGUCAAGUCACAUUUUUUAAAACAUAUUCAUGACACAUGACCAAAGGUUUAAUUGAGAACCUUCACCUGCCAUAAAUUAUUUAACUUGCUCAGCGGUUAGCACUGUCGCCUCACAGUGAGAAGGUUUGAACCUCUGCUGGGAACUUUCUUUGGGAGUUUGCAUGUUCUCCUCGUCCGGGUACUCCGGCUUCCUCCCACAGUGCAAAGACGUGACCUUAACCUUAACGGUUAAUUGGUGACUCUAAAUUGUCCGUAAGUGUGAAUGGUUGUUGUGCCCUAUGAUGAGCUGGCGACUCGUCCAGGGUGUACCCUGCCUCUCGCCCAAGGUCAGCUGGGAUAGGCUCCAGCCCCACCGGGACCCUGAUGAGGAUAAACAGUUACAGAAAAUGGAUUGAUGUCGUAAAGAAAGCAGCAGUGACGACCUUUAGAGAUAAUAACUGUCAGGUAAUAACGUGUGCCUUACAAUAAUAAAGCCUCAUUCAGAGUUAUUCUGAUGGGACGUGAUCAUCUUUAUGGUUUUUGAGCGUAUGUUUUAUAAUAGAAAUGUUAACCCUGCACUAUGCAUUCCUGUUACGAACAGUUUAGAAAGCUUCAUACUUGUGCAUGUUAAAUAUGGAUAGGAGCGCAAUAAUGGUGAUUUAAUAUUGUUAAUUAUCAUUAUCUCAGUUUUCCUGUGAAAGAUUUAUUUUCCUCAAACAAGAUGUGAAUAUUUCAACAGGUAGCAGUGAACGUACUGCAUAUUCCUUCAUGCAACUUUGCCUCUUGCUCAGGAAAAUUUGAUUGAAUUUCAGUAUUUAUUCAGUGUUUUUUAUCUUUAUCUAUGUGUUAUAUAUUAAAUAGUAAUGCAAGUCAUGUUUUUAGAUCAUAUCGAUCACUGGUGAAUAUCUGAAUGACACUUGAUGAUGCUUUUGCAUUUGUUUUCUUCUGUUCUGGAUAAAAUGAUGCACAUGAACAAACAGCAUGGCUACAGUUUUACGUCAUGACGUUUUCUAACUCGAAGCAUUCAAAUCCUCUGAGUAUGAACUGUAAAGAUGGAAGCACGUGAUUGUUAGUCUGUUUUAUUUGAAACAUGUAAACUUGCGUUGAUUGCAAUCUUGCAUGCGUCCAGGAAACCUGUCAACAGUGAGAUGAAUAAUGAAACUGAUGCCUGCUCACCAUCUGUUGUGUGGUCUCUUCUGUUAUGCAACACAACAGUUGGUUUUUAUGUGGAUCAAAACACAAAUAACUGCAACAAGCAGA